GACCCUGACGCUCGCUGUCCGCGCACGUGUGGCGUGCGGGUGAGCAGAGGCGCCCCCUGCAGGCGCGCUCCCGCGCCGCUGCUCCUCCUCCCGCUAUACUCUCCGCCCGGCUCCGCGGCUCCUCAUUCAGUGGAAGAUGGCGGACUGCGCGGCGCUGCUGGAUGAGGAGCUGUCGUCCUUCGUCUUCAGUUACCUGACAGAGAGCUCGCGCAGCCAGUAUGGGGAGGAGGAGGUGUGUUCGGACCGUCUGGACACAGACUUCUCGGACAUUGACCUCUCCCAGCUGGACACCAGCGACUUUGACAGCGUCAACUGCCUCAGCGAGCUGCAGUGGUGCAACGAUCAGUCGGCUGACGCAUCGCCGGCCUCUAUUCACUACAGCACAGCAGAUGAGCUGUUCGAGAUAGAAGAGGAGAACGCGGCUCUGCUCGCCGCUCUCACCGACAGUUUGGAUGGCAUUGUGGAUGCAGAGGUGGGUGGACUCUCUGUGUUCCCCGCCCUGGGGGAGGAGCCCAACCAAGAAGAGGAAGAUGGUCUUUCUCUGAGCACAGAGGACUUCAGCCAGCCUCUGGGGUCCGAGACCGAGGACCCGUCUCUGCUGAAGAAGCUGCUGAUGACGCCUCCCAACAUGCCCGCAGGCAUGGACGUGCACAAAGAGGGCGUGAACGGCCAUCGCUACUGCAACAGAAGCUUGCGCCUUCGUCCGGUCAGACCUCUGCUGAAGAGUGAUGUCCCUCAGGAGAGGAAGCCCCGGGCGGUGCGUCCCGCUGGGCGUCUGUGCACAGAGCUUCACCGCCACCUCACCACCACAGAGGACACCGCAGCUCCUGACACGGAGGAGGAUGACGAGGAAGAGGAGGACGAGGACAGUGAGUCUGAGGAGGAAGAAGAGGAGGAGGAGUCCUCCAGCAGUGAGGCGGAGGGAGCGGCAGGCAUGGCCGCUGCCCCCGCUGAGGCACCGAAGCCUCAGUUCAGCUCAGAGAAGGAGCUGCAGUCUGUGGUGGAGCUGAUCAGGUACAUGCACACCUACUGCCUGCCCUCGCGCAAGCAGCAGGGCUGGGAUCGUAAGGACCGUGACCUGCCGCGGCCCCGGGCCCGACCUGAGGCCCCCCGCUCACCCGCCACAACCUCUCACAGCAGAGUGAUACUGGUGGCUGGUCCUGGGACCGGUGGGGGCUCGACUGGGUCAGCCAGCGCCGCCCCCAGGAAGCUCCCCUUCGCUCGGCGAAGGGAGAUGAAGGCUGACUCCCUUCUCCGCACGCUCUUGCAGCAGAGCAGCUCUUUUGAUGUGAGCAAGCCUUACAGACUGCACCGCCCACCCUACUCCCGCAGCCCCAACCGAACGGGAGAACCCGCUCCCUCAGGCCCCGCCAACCCCAAGCCAGACCUUGAGACCCCUGAGAGGAGAAGCCACUCCUCUGAGCCACCACGAAGCCUGGAGGAGACUGCAGACUGCAGCGGCUCCUUCUCAGUUCGUCGCUCACGGCGGCUGGCAUCGUUUCCAAGCCGCUUCGCCAAGAGGUUGCGCCCUGAAUGGGCCAGGGAAGAAGACGGGAAGGAGGGACGGGCGGGGUUUACACGGCCGCCCACCCAAGCUGGAGGGGAAAGCGCGAUGGAGACGCUGCCAGGAAAGCUAACGUCCAGUGAGCUGAGCGACCCCUGCUGCCACGAAAAGCCAGCCUGCCUGUGUCUGCCUCUCAACACAAAGUCUGCAGGGGAGUCCCAGUACAGCACCAAGGCCUUCGAGCAGACACUCAGCGUGGACCUGUGCGGAACGGCGGGUCUCACCCCUCCCACGACCCCGCCUCACAAGCCUGUGGAAGACGAGCUGUUCAAGCCGGCAGACGGAGGAAAAGGUGGCAGCGGUGGAGGCGAGCCCGUCCACCCGGCUUCAAACAGCAGCGCUGCCACAAAGACCUCGUCCUGGGCGAGCCGGGCUCACCACCAGCGGAAGCUGCCAGAGCAGACAGAGCUAUACGCUCAGCUCAGGCGCAUGGGCCAGGCCGGCCAGGCCGGCGAGGCCGACGCCCACCACGGCUUCGGCGACCACGACUAUUGUCUGCUGAGCCUCGGCGAGAGCCACAAGCGUAGCGCUGCCAUCUUCGGCACCAUGUUGCAGGGACGAGCAGGGAGCGAGAGAGUCGGCGCUCCAACUCCCAGAGUGGUCGAGGAGGAGCGGGAAGGGAAGGAGAGCGAAGACGGGCUGGUGCGCCCGGAGGCUGCAGAGCCGCGGGAGCAGCUGACCUUGUCAUCGUCACCUCUGUCAGACCGCCAGUCAGACGCCGCCACGCCGCCAGCUUCUGAAGAAGAGGCUGAGGGCUCGGCGGCAUCUCGCUCGCCCUCGCCCAUCCCCCACCUGUGCCCCGACUCCCCCUCCAGCAAGACAGACUCCAGUGAGAACUCGGAGAUUUGUCCUGACGACACACAGAGGAUCAAAGCCAAUCCUGACGAGGACAACUGCCAGGUGUUUUACAUCCACAACCUGCCGAGCAGCGUGACCCAGAACAUGCUGAGGAAACGCUUCCAGGUUUUCGGCAAAGCAGAGGACUGCAAAGUCAUCAUCUGCAACGAGGAGCGCUGUGGGGUGAUAAAGAUCCGCUCAUCGGGCGUUCAGAAGCACUGGAGAGAGCGGGAAGCUGUUUUCCAGAACGGACCGGCGAGCCCGCGGAGGCUGACGAGGAAGCGCUACAUAGACCUCGAUGAAGCCGGUCCCGGCCCAGUCAAGAGCAAGUACGAUGCAAUGGACUUUGACACUUUGCUGAAGGAGGCCCAAAAGUCCCUGCACCGCUGACAGAAGAGGUCCACCGUCUGGCCAGCCUUAGUAAAGAGCAUCAGCCCUGCAGCGACGCGGCUCUGCCCUCAGACUGACUCCCAGUUCCUCCACGCAAGAUGACCUCGCAAAAUGUUUACAUUUUUACUGUUGGAAUAAACCACGAGGACCUCGUUUUUUUAAGUUCUUUCACCGGAGGACACUGCUCAUAAACGAGGUGCCGCUGGGACCGCGGAGCGGCGCAGAGUCACUUCAGAGAGAUCGCUUCUGUGCUGCUUUCCUGUCUGCACCGGGAUGCCGUCGGCUCACCGUGGACGAGCGGGCGUGAGAGACCCCGUAGCAGAUCCUUGCUAUCCCUGCGUGGCGUUGGUUGUCGUGGUGUGUGUCCCCAUGUGUUUGUCGUUCUGUUUGUUUUGUAAAAAAAGAGAGAAAAUCCCCUCUGAGGUCACGACAGGCGACUCUACGAGCUGCGUUUGCUUGUGCGGUCGCAUAACCCCAAAAAAGAACCUGCUUUGUUUCAGCGACAAAUUCUGGAUGUUAUUAAUUUUAAAAUUACUCUGUGUGUGUUAUGGACAAAGAAUAUAAGAAAACAUUUAAUGUAAUCAUUUUAUGACUGAGAAAGUUUACAAAUCUAAUAUGAAGAAAAAAAAUCAUGUUUUUUCCUUUUUGUAAUUGUAGUGCUUCCUUGAUUUGAUCUAUGCACUGUAAGGACGCACCUGUCUCUGCUGUCCCUCCCUCCGAUCUCUGCCAUGCUGACGUUACGGCUGCUGCUGCUGCUGCUGAUUCACACACGAAGGCUUUCGGGAUUUGGGGAAAGUGUUCCCGCACUCGUUCACACGCACUGAAAUAAGAUGUGAGUUUACUGGAACGUGACGCCUAGAGAUGUGGCCUGAGAUGGAGGCGUAGGUACAGAUUAGUUUGCCCACAUCCAUCAGAACCAGGACGAAUGUUGGAAACACUUUUCCCAGAUCUCAGAGCCUCCUUGUCUCCCUGAUGGGAGCCACAUCCAUCCCCCCCAACCGCCAAUGCAACCGUUACUGUUUACAUCUGGACAGCAGCAAGCGUGAGGAAAAUGGAGAGCGCUCUGUACAAAUCCAGCACUUUGUCCAGUAUUCACCCCUUGAUGCUGCUCAUCAGCCCCCUGGGGCCGAGAGUUGCCGGCGGGUCACGUGUGCGGGCCAGCCGCGGCACGAGCGUUGCCCUCGACAGCACGCAGAAGGAUCGGCUGGUCUUGUGGAAUGUAUUCAAGGACCUGAAUGUAAUCGUGGCGUUUUCCCCGUUUCUGCUCGCCCAAAGAUUGUGGAGCUCUCCGGUGCUUUAAGAGGGUACACCGGCCAGGCUGCGUGAGCCGCUCCGGCCUCAGCAAUCGUCCGCUUGCAGCCGAUUUACAUUCCCGGCGCAGCUAGCAGCAGCAGCACGCCGUCAAAGGGAGAGAGCCUCCACAGCUGCCGGCGAGGUGGCACGAUACGGCCCGGGGACGAGCGAGGGGCCGGCCGAAAGGGAAGGAACAGAGCGGGGGUUUCCCGUCUGUUUCAGAUGAGCAUCUCUACCUCACAUCCAUCUGCCCCCGCCCUUUGUCUGUAUACGCUCUCUCCCUCCUCUUUUAUAAGUGUCUGUCACUGGUUUUUUUGCUCGGUGUUCUCGGUGUGGGGCUUUUCUCUGCUGAUGGGCAGUGUGGGUGGGUUUUUUUUAAUACUGCGACUCCUACCACUAUUAGCCCCGGUGGGGGGCUACUCUCUGUAUCCGGGGCCCGCCUUGAGGCGGUCCUCGGCGUGUCUGUUUCUUCGAGUCUCGACCGUGUCCUCGUGUAGCUGAGUGUUUCGUCUUCGUCUCGUGUUUGAGUUGGACACUACUGAUGCUAACCCUAACCCGGGCCGGGCCAGGGGGGCGGAGCAGGUCAGGUUACCCGUCUUCCCCUCAUUCUUCCUCGGGAACGCGCCCAAUCCUGAUCUCCUGCUCAUCCUCGCUCCCGGCCCGACUCCCUCUCUCUCUCUCUCUCCCUCCCUCUCUCUGUCUUUGGGUUUGAGGGUUCCGGGUCUUUCCCAGACUCCUCCCACUUCUUUCCCUUUCCUCUUCCUUUCUCUAUCUAAUCGACUCGUUGGUAACACACAAAAAAUUGAAUGUUUACAUCACUUGAUUCUCGUCUGACUUUAUUAGGAACGCACACUAAGUACAAAGGCGCCUUAUUCAGUGUUUCAAACUAAAAUAAUAGCAAGCAAAGUGUCCCAGGGGGCCGCACCCCCCCCCAAGGCUCACUGAUGUCCAAAAUGUAUACAUACUGAUGGAGGAACAAGAACACCUGAAUGAGUAUUUGUGCUUAGUAUGUAUACUACUCAAAAGUGAGAGAAUGUGCUGGUUUACAUGUUAAAAAGAAAUAUAUGAGUAUAUAAUGUGUACAUAGCACUAUGCCUCAUUGUAAACAUAAAAUGUAUUGUGUGUUUUUGUAAAGGUGGUGGGUCACUGUUGAUUCUGAAUCAGGCGGGAGGUGCUGGUUUGGGUGGGGGAGGAAAUCCAACACUGUAGUUCCCUUUAGUCCGUCACACUAGCACGUCCCAUUUCUUUGCUGUUUAUGAAACGAUGCGUUUUAUCUUCAGUUUUCUGAAAAAGCAAUUUAAGAUGCAAUACAUAAUAAUCUUCUGAUUACAGCCUUCCUCACAUCCUGAGGAAAUAAUGCGUGUGGGUGAUGCUGAGGCGUACUGCAGGCUGUUCUGUGCGCAGACCGCGGCGGGAGGAAAGCGGUGCGUCGUGAACGGCCGUCCGAAUUUACUCUUGCACAAAAUUGUCCCAAAUGGUGAAACGGCGUUUCCCAUCAAAGAGCCAAUGGGAAGGAAUUUCUGUCGUGUGACAGCAGCAGCUGAUCCACACCGCGACCGGAACACGGGAUGUGAGAGGGGGGAAGCAAAAGGAAGCUGUCGCCGGUUUGACCCCGUUAAAUAUCUUUAGGCGAUGCAGAAAUCCCCCCCCCCCUCCCCCGCAGAGGCGCAGGUAUGUGGGCGGAGCUUUCUGGAUGAGGUUUCCGCCCUGCUUUUAAUUUGAAAAUCUGAGACCGAGUGGGGUUUCUGCAGUCAGUCCUCCAGGUGAACGACAUCAGCUACCCCCGUCUCCAAACGGCAAGCCUUAAAAACCAGCCGGGGGAACCACUAGCUUUUAUUAUUACUGUUUAACCUCCUUUCCAAUCCAACGUGGUUUAUUAUUAAAUAAUUACUGACGUAAUUACAACUUUUUUCAAUAGCCAUAUUAUAAAAAAAUAUAUACAUAUAUAUGAAUAUAUAUUUGUGUGUUUGUGUAGAUAUCUAGAUGAUUAUAUACUUUCUUAUAGAAAACUUUGAUGUUGAUCAUUCUCCUGAGUGUUUUGAGAACACAUUUCAGCAUAUAUAGAUAUAUAUAAAAGUGCUGUCUGCCUGGUCUAGGUCCUAGGUCAGCAGGCAGCAAAUCCAAAUAAUUUAGAAAAAAGAAAAACCUUCCAAAGGGAAUACCCUCGUCACAAUGCAAUACCUUUCUUUCCACCCUUCCUUUCAGAAAAAUGGGAAAUGGCAAGAAAAUCAUUUGUUAGGCAGGUUAACCAAAAAAAUUUUAAAAAGUCUUCAGUAAUAAAGAGCUCGGCUCGCAGCCCGUGGAAAAACACGUGACGUCUUGGGUUUUCUACGUUGGCGAUGCCGUGGCCAUUUAAAAAAAAAACAAAAAACGUGUCCACCCACGACUCGUUUCACGUCUUGUCGGGUUUUUGGUUUGAGAAUGGAGCCCAGCAUCGACGCGUCUCUAUCUCCUAAAUGUGAGUUUGGAAACUCGACAAAGGGCAUACGCGUUUCAUCGUUUCUCAUUUCUAUUGAUUUCCUGUCUAUUUACAUCUAAUCUAUCAGAUUCACAAAUUCUUAUUUUUUCUUUUUUAACUUAGUUUUUGGUAAAAGACAAAAAGGUAAAUACUGCUAGUGAGAUUUUAUAUUUUUACAUAUGUUGGUUUUAUUUCGCGUCUUUUUUAUUUAUAUGCCACUUAGUUUGGACGUCUUUGGUUUUGUGUGAAUUCAUAUGUCUGCAGACAAAGGCAUUUCAGUAUUUUUGAAUUGUUAAAAUCUAGUUUCAUAGAAGCGGAGUAUCUGAUGUUAUAAAUUAUAUUUUAAUUCAUGUAAAUAGUUUAAAACAGAAGAUUAUGGCUUCCUUUUAAACUGAAUACAUUUCUCUUCAGAGAUUGUUUACAUUAUGAAACUGUAGAGAUGUGCUCCUCAUAUACUGUAUAAAGUACAUAUAUUCAUUGAUUUGCCUCCAAAAAUAAAAUCCUAAUGAACAAAC